CAGCCCCACCAUGGAGCUGCGCUGUGGGGGACUGCUGUUCAGUUCCCGAUUUGACUCAGGGAACUUGGCCCAUGUGGAGAAGGUGGAUUCUGUGGCUAGUGAAGGGGAGGGGGGCGGGAGUGGGGGAUCAGCCCCCACCACCAGCGGAGUAUCCUCUACCUCUGACUACGAAUUCAACGUGUGGACACGGCCUGAUUGUGCUGAAACAGAAUAUGAGAAUGGGAACAGGUCAUGGUUCUACUUCAGUGUCCGGGGAGGAAUUCCAGGGAAACUCAUAAAGAUCAACAUCAUGAACAUGAACAAGCAAAGUAAACUCUACUCCCAGGGCAUGGCACCCUUUGUGCGGACAUUACCCACUCGACCCCGAUGGGAACGGAUCCGUGACAGGCCCACCUUUGAGAUGACAGAGACACAGUUUGUGCUGUCCUUUGUGCACCGAUUCGUGGAGGGUCGUGGGGCCACCACCUUCUUCGCCUUCUGCUACCCCUUCUCCUACAGUGACUGCCAGGAUCUGCUGAACCAGCUAGACCAGCGCUUUCUGGAAAGCCAUCCUUCGCUUACUAGCCCCUUAGAUUCCAUCUAUUACCACCGGGAACUUCUUUGCAACUCUCUGGAUGGACUUCGUGUAGAUCUGCUUACUGUGAGUUCCUGUCAUGGGCUUCAAGAUGAACGAGAACCCCGUCUGGAGCAGCUAUUUCCUGAUACCAGCACUCCCCGGCCAUUUUGUUUCUCAGGCAAGAGGAUAUUCUUCUUGAGUAGUAGGGUGCAUCCUGGGGAGACACCAUCUAGCUUUGUCUUCAAUGGCUUUUUGGACUUUAUCCUUCGACCUGAUGAUCCUCGUGCCCAGACCCUACGUCGUCUUUUUGUCUUUAAGCUGAUUCCCAUGUUGAACCCAGAUGGUGUGGUACGAGGUCAUUAUCGGACAGACUCACGAGGAGUGAACCUGAACCGUCAGUAUCUAAAGCCAGAUGCAAUCCUGCACCCAGCUAUCUAUGGGGCUAAGGCAGUGCUGCUCUACCACCAUGUGCACUCACGUCUGAAUUCCCACACUCCCUCUGACCACCAGACAAAUCCCCAACCCUCAGCCCCAUCUGCUCCUGUUUCUGAACCUGAAAAAAACGACAAUCUCCAAAAUGAGACUCACAUUGGACUCUCAGCUGAUGAGGACAAUCCGGAGUCCUGGACCCAAGCUGAGCCAGCCGGCCAAGACCCCAAUAGCUUGUGGUUUUUGGAAUCAGAAACUAGUGAGAUGGAGCCAGCCCCUGAAACCAUUCCCCCCAAGGAGAGCGGUGUGGCCUACUAUGUAGACUUACAUGGACAUGCCUCUAAAAGGGGCUGUUUCAUGUAUGGAAAUAGCUUCAGUGAUGAGAGUGCACAGGUGGAAAAUAUGCUGUACCCAAAGCUUAUCUCCCUGAAUUCAGCACAUUUUGAUUUCCAAGGCUGCAAUUUCUCGGAGAAGAACAUGUAUGCACGGGAUCGUCGAGAUGGCCAGUCUAAAGAAGGCAGUGGACGAGUUGCCAUCUACAAAGCCUCAGGGAUCAUCCACAGCUACACACUUGAAUGCAACUACAACACUGGACGCUCGGUAAACAGCAUUCCUGCUGCCUGCCACGACAAUGGGCGUGCCAGCCCCCCUCCCCCACCUGCCUUCAGAUCCAGAUAUACUGUGGAGCUGUUUGAGCAGGUAGGGCGGGCUGUAGCCAUUGCAGCCUUGGACAUGGCAGAAUGCAAUCCCUGGCCACGAAUUGUCCUGUCAGAGCACAGCUGCCUCAACAACUUGCGAGCCUGGAUGCUGAGACAUGUUCGUAACAGCAGAGGUCUAGGUAGUGGCCUCAACAUGGGCAUCAACAAAAGGAGAGGCUCUCGAACUCCACCAAAAGGGCCUAAUGGUUUGCCUAUAUCAUGCUCUGAAAAUACCCUGAGCCGGACCCGAAGCUUCAGCACUGGCACCAGUGGUAGCAGCCAACAAAACUCUCCACAGAUCAAAACUUCACCCAGCUUUACCUUUCAUAACAGGCCCACAGGGCUACCAGGCCUGGGUCCUGGCACCCAGAAAGGCAGCCAUCGGGUGCUAGGCCCUGUUAGAGAAUCCCGAGGACAGGACAGGAGACGAAGGCAGCAACCACUGACCCAUCAGCAACCACUUACCCAUCACCCUACCACAGGCAGCUUGGACUCACCCCCAACCCCUUCUAGUGCCGGCCCAGCCCCUUCAAGAAACAUGGGCACCUGCUUACUGCCUACCUCACUUGGUAUAGCAGGGAGUAGCUGUUCACUCCUCUCUGCAGGGGAUAAACCAGAGACUGUCAUGGUUAUCGGGAAGGGGCUGCUGGGGAGUGGGUCUCGAACCCCCUGCAUCAGGGCUCGACUGCAGGCUAGGCCCGGGUUGGGCCGGGGCUCAUCGCCGCCUGGCAGAGGGAUGAGAGGCUCUUCGGGCCCCACAUUCCCCAUCCCCCGGACCAGGGACAGCACUGAGCCAGAGCCAGAAUCCUGCUCUGCUGCACCAGGGCUGUACCCGGUUGGGCCCCCAAGGCCCCACUCUGCCCCUGCCUCCUCAUUUCUGUCCUGUCCCAUCAUUUGCCCCCAGCCCCCAACUUGUUAUAGUGGGGGGGCACUGGGACAGCCUGAUAGUUGUUCUAUUAUCAAGCCCCCCCUAAUCACUCAGUCUCCCAGAGUAUGAUAUUGCCCAACUCCAUGGCAGGACAUCCUCCCAUGGUUUUCGGGCACAAGAAAUGCCCUAAUCAGUUGCUUCUCCCCCUGUAACAACCAUGGCUCCCUUAAAGAGCCAGCCUCAUUGUCCCGGGCCCACUUUGGAGCAGGACAAAGAAGCAGGGACCUCAUAGCCCCAUCCCUCCCUCCACAGCACAGGAAUUUGGGACCAUAUAUAUAUAUUUUUUAUAUUGAUGGGUUGGAAAAGAAAUCAGCCCCUACACUGAGCCCUAUUCAGUGGCAGAUUUUGCCUCUGGCUUGUUUCAUAGGAUAGGGAAGACUUUGAGGAAAUAAAAGUUGUUUGGAAAAAAAACCUCAAGAAAUGUUUGAUAUUUUGAAAGGUGGACAGGAUUGAAUGUAGUGUUAAAACUCCCUCCCACACACCAACUAGCUUCAGACUUUAUCAGGGGACCCUGGAAAAGAGGAAAGAAUGUUGCUGCCUCCCCUUUCUGGUGGGAGGUCAGAGGGACGUCUCAGAUUCUCCCUCACCCAAUUCCUCGAAAGCCUUUUUCUUCGUGGCCAACCCGGAG